UACCAGCUGAUCACAGCUAUGCAUAUGUGAGUUAUAAAUACACACGCAGUUAUUUUGGAGCAAUUUUUUAUUACAACAAUGAUUUGUUGUUGUAAAAUUUAAAACACAAGAUUAAAUAAUUAAAGUACAUGUAAUAUAGAUAGCCAAUAAAAUGGGUGGUGUCAUUGCAAGAUUAUCAAAACCAAUACGAACAUUUAAUAUUGAACAUCGUGCACAAAAAGUUAUCAACAAAAAGCCAGUAGUAGCACCAUCAUAUGAAUCAGUAGAGAAGCUAAAAAAAGCCGCUAAUGAAAUUAAUCCUAAUUUUAUGAAAGAACAUUAUGUCAAAGAUUCAAUUUUAAAUGCUCGUUUGAGAGAAGUAUACGUGUCAUCACACAUGAAAGAGGCAGUUAGUGAAGAUUUUCCAGAAAAACCUAUGCCACAAAAUCGUCGACAUGAACGUGAUUUUGACUAUGGAUUUUGGGAACCAAAUGAAAUUCCAAAAGGUAAUGCAAGAUUUCGUGAUAUUUUGCAGUUGAUGUCUGACAACAUGAAUGAUUCUGAAAAAUAUAAUGCAGAAAAUUUAGCCUUGAAGUAUCAAUUAAAUCAAAAUGAUGUUGAAAAUAUAUUGGAAUAUUACAGAGUAUUCCAAGUUGUUGUUCCUAAAAAACAAAGCUUUGAUGGGAUUAAAGUUGCUGAUCCACCAAUUAGAGCAACCAUACGUGAUAAAUAAAAAGACGAAAAUAUUUUAGAUACUUAUUGAUGACGUUGAAUGGAUAUUUUAGUAAAUCAAU